AAGCGCUCAGCAGCAGAUCUGAGAACAGCCUCUGGAGAUACCUGCGCUGCUUUACAGACUGACAACACGAAAGAGCAUCUUUACAAGAACAGGAUUUAUUUGACGUUGAAAAGGCAUGGCUGAACACAUGAUGAUGCCAAUGAGCCACGGCUCUGCCGGCGGAGGCCUGCACGGGUAUCGCAUGGGAACGAACGGCCCAAAUGUGCACGGACACCAGCCCGGUCUGCGGACCCUUCCCAAUGGGCAGCUCGUGCACUACAGCAGGGGGCCUCAGAGCUCCAUGGAGGCGGCCAUGAGGCAGAGGAACGUGAUGAACGGCGUCAUGAACGGUCAGGUUAACGGCCAGAUAAGUGGUGGACAUCCCCACCAAAUGCAGCCAGCCAAUAUGAUGUAUGGAGGUCCGAAUCAGCAACCACAAGGUCACCCUCAAACCCAGCACCAUCACAUGCACCCGCAGAACCAGCACCCACAGCAGUACAUGGGUGGAGGAGGCCUUACACCAUCGCAGCAGCUGAUGGCGAGCAUGCACCUUCAGAAACUCAACACCCAGUACCACGGGCACCCGUACGCUCCCAUGAAUGGGCAUCACAUGGGAAAUGUCCAGCACAGAAUGGGUCCUGCUCAGUUAGCGAGCAUGCAGAUGGGGAUGGGCGGCCCAACAUUGGGCUUCAACGUCAUGGACAUAGACUUGAUCGAUGAGGAGGUUCUGACGUCCUUGGUGUUGGAACUCGGGCUGGACCGGGUUCAAGAGCUUCCUGAGCUUUACCUCGGACAAAACGAGUUUGAUUUCAUCUCAGACUUUGUGUGCAAGCAGCAACCGAGCACUGUCAGCUGCUAAUCCAAAUCAAAGAAAGACUUGGUGAUCAAGGAAUAUAAGGGGCAAGACGAGAAAGGCUGAAACAACCUGCUAUGCAUUAUGUAGUGCACACUUUUUGCUUCAAUGAGGGAAAAGACUUGAGUCUUUGGAGAACCGGGCCUUGUCUUGCCCCAUUGGUCAUCCUGGAUUAACGGUGACUGAGUGUCCCUGGGACGAAUGUAACUUGACGUGGUCGAAAAUGAAGUCUGCGUGGAACUUUGCAGAAACCGCUUCGCCUCCUCAGGGGCAACUAGAAUCAAUAGCAUUUAGAAAUGUAUUUAUCUGACAUCUACCAAAAAGCAAACGUGAUCUGUGGUGAUAUAGACUUGCCUUUUCUCAAACAAACCCCAAGACUGAGUGGGAAUUGAAGGCUGGUACUUCAAAAUGGGUUGAUUUUUCCAGUUGCUCUUAAUGAUAUUGGAAAUGGUAAUGGGUUGUGAGGUAAUAGCGGACUUGUAUGAAACAUUCUUUGUGCGCAGUGUUACACUGUCCCUUUGGUCAUUUUCUUUUUUAGAGCUAUUCAAAAUUUUAAAGGGUUA